AUGAGCGCCCCGACCCAUGAGCUUACCCGGGAAUUUUCGACCGACAAGAAGCACGAUGUCGAGUAUCUCGAAGAGGCGGCGGCCGACGCGAACCCGAUCCGCACGGUCGAAACUAAGUUUGAAGGGUACACCGAGGCCGAGACGGCUCAGAUGUCGAAGAAGUUGGUGCGACUGAUCGACUGGAGGAUCCUUCCGGUGUUGGUCCUCCUCUUCUUGCUCAAUAUCCUCGAUCGGUCCAACAUUGCCUCCGCCAAGGUCUCUGGAAUGCCCAAGGAUCUCGGCUUCGGACCUGUGACGUACAACAAUGCCGUCUUGGUCCUGUUCAUCGGUUACGUGGCCAUGCAAAUUCCCGCCGGUUUCAUUCUCGCCAAGAUUCCCCCUGUCCUGUUUUUGACGGGCGCGGUAACCACGUGGGGAGUAGUCUCCAUGUGCUGUGGAUUCGUCAAGACUGCGCCUCAAUUGCUGGCAUUGCGCUUCCUUGUCGGGGUUGCAGAAGCUCCCUUCUUCCCUGGCGCUCUGCUUAUUCUUUCCAGUUUCUACACCCGAAAGGAGCUGGCAGUUCGAAUCGCUAUCAUGUACUCAGGGAAUUCCUUGUCGAACAGUUUCGGUGGCCUCAUCGCGGCUGGUCUGGUCUCUGGACUCGAAGGCAAAGGAGGGCUCGAAGGUUGGAGGUGGCUCUUUAUCGUCGAGGGCGCCAUUACCGUCUUCGUCGGGAUCGCCGUCUACUUCAUCCUGCCCUCGUACCCUAGCAAGACCAAGUUCUUCUCCGAAGAGCAGCGUCGUCUCGCCGUUUGGAGGACUACUCAGGACGCCAAUGGAGAGCCCGACGAGGGCGGAGAGACCUCGCUCGUCAAGGGGGCCAAAUUGGUUAUCAAGGACUGGAAGAUCCUGAUGCUGAUCUUCCAACAAAUGUUCAUUUCGUGCAGUCAAUCGUUCUCGUACUUCUUCCCUUCAAUCGUCAAGUCUCUUGGGUACGACCGCAACAAGACGUUGCUUCUGACGGCCCCGCCUUAUCUCUUCGCGUUCUUCGCAUCUUUGGGAGUCGCGGUUUCGUCCUCCAAGCUCGAGGAGCGCGGAUUGCAUAUCGCUAUUCCUAUGCUCAUCUCGACUCUGGGUAACAUCUUGGUUAUCGCCCUGCCUGAUACGAAUAUCGCUGGACGCUACACGGCCAUGUUCAUGUUGACCAUGGGUAGCUACUGUGCUUUCAACCUUAGCUUCAGUUGGCUUACCGCAACCAUUCCGCGGCCCAGAAUCAAACGAGCUGCUGCGUUAUCGCUGGUCAACGGUCUGGCAAACGCGAGUCAUUUCUUUAGUCCCUAUUUCUUCUUGGACUCAGACGCUCCCAAGUACAUCAACGGAGGCUCGACCAUCGCCGCCUUCUCUUUCGCCGUCGCUGCGGGCGCGAUCUCGAUCAAGUUUGUGCUCAAAUGGCAGAACCGUGUUCUUGAUCGCCUCGACGAGGAGGACAAGCCGUACGAGGGGUCCCUCGAAGGUAUCCCCAAGGGCUACAGGUUUAUCACGUGAGCAAUCACGGUGCGAACAACUCGAAUUGUACCUAAAGAGAGGAAAUGUGGAUUCGGACUGAUGUACCUAAAGAGAGAAGUAUAAAUUCUGGAGGAUGAUCGAAUAUAU